AUGUCUCGAGGACUUGUUCUCAAAAUUGUUCAACGAAGUUUUUCGCUGAACUCACCAUCCACUUCUUCGUCAAACGCUUCAUUCAUCGACUACUCUCUUUCUCAAGGAAUAUUCAAGGAUUUUCUUCCGAAAAUCGACUAUCACAGUCAUGGUUUUAUCGAAAAAUUGAAUGAAGAUCUUCGAAGCGUGCAUCUUAUCGAAAAGAAGAUUGCCUCGGUUCGAAACGAUCUUCGAAAAUGUUUCGAUCCAGAAAUUCGGUUAGUGCCAAUUGGAAGUGCUGCGAACUUGCUUCUGAAUAACUCUUCGGAUUUAGACUUGUUUGAGGUUCUUCUACCAUUCAAAAACUCGAGACAAUGGAAGGAUUUUAUGAAGAAAUUCUCUGAAAAUGAACAGUUUCGAAUGAGCUACAUGAACAAGAUAAAUCUACAACUGAAAGCAAAGAAAAUUGGAUUUUCUCAUGAUCCGUAUUAUAAAGCAAGGAUUCCACUAAUUCGAUUCUUCUCGAAACGUUGGCUCCAAGUGGAUAUUCAAUUUGGAAAUAUUGCACCAAUUCGAAGUUCUCUAUUCGUUAGAACAUGUGUCGAAUAUGAUGAACGAGUGGGACUUUUGAUUCAUUGGCUCACGAAUAAAUUUCAAGAAGCUGGCAUAUUGAGCAGCAAAAACUUGAAAUUCUCGAGAUAUCAUGUGAAUAUUCUUGUGAUUCAUUUUUUACAGGCUAUCCCAUAUCCCGUUCUUCCACAAAUAAUUCAGUUAUCUCCAUGGCUGAGCACGAAAAACGAUUGGAAUAAUGCUGUAAAAGUUCUGACACGACAAGGAUCUGUGUACGUGCCAAACUGUAGUGAAGUUCCGAAUGAGCAAAGCGUUGGAGCACUCGCCGUUCAGCUAAUUGACUAUUUCUCGCAAAUUGAUUUCCACACAAAUGCAAUUGAUACAAGAGGAAAUGUUGUUGAUAAACUUGAAAACGAUCCACUCCACUUCAAGAUCGUCGACGAAUUCUUUGCAGAACCGACAUGCCGGGUUUCUGAAGCACCACGACUUCUCACAGAUCUUUUCAAAAAAUUGAAGGAAAUGGUUGUGCAGGAAAAGUACGAAGAAUUGUUUAAAUAUCACCAAUUAGAAAAGAAAAUUAAAAAUAAAGAAGAAUAAAAUUCA